AUGUUUAGUGAUACAUUACACAUCGGUGCCAGCAAAACGGGGCCGAUCUAUGAUAGGGGUCUCGAUCAAGCUGUCAAACCAAGCAUCUGGACCGAGACGCUCACUCAUGCCACGGAAUUGGGGGCGACAGCAUUCAGGUGCUCGGAUGCUCUUGAUGCUGCAAUCGAACCGUGCCAUCGACAAAUGGCAAAAUUGCACCAGAUGACAUAUUGCCUCAGUGUCGGGCUCUACGAUCUCUGUCAUCUGAAGAGGCCAUCGCCAGUGUCGCUCUUCUUCGUUUUUGGCAAACGACGCGAAGGGGCUUCGGCACCGGGAUCCGCUGCUAGUGAAAACCACUGCCCACGAUCGGAAGGGGCUUGUUCUGAAGCAUCCAGACCUGACGACCGGUGUUAUACGGCCGUCGCAAAACGGCGCCAAUCAUCUGAAUAA